AUAAAAAAAUAAUCCCAUAAUCAAUAAUAAACAUUAUUUGUGAAUGAAAAUGCUGAGAAGGGCAUUUAAAACUGAGUUUCUGUGGAGUCGCUCAUAUACUUCCAAGGCCAAAAGGCAACUGCUCAAACAAGAUGAAACGAAAAUCAAAGUUGUCGAGUCAAAACCUUCAGAUCCCCAUAAGCAUCGAGUAUACUGUUGGGGUUAUCAGGAAACAGGAGCACUUGGCACUUUAACUAACAUAAAGAAAGCACAGGAACGUUAUACUGAUAUGGUUCACCAUCCUACCCGUAUGCAAUUUUCUGUUAACAAUGACAUACGCGACAUAACUGCCGGUUACGGAUUUUCUGCGUUUGCAGUAAAUCGUUCCGAUGGAGAAACGUUGUUUGGUUCAGGCUUAAACACAGAUUCGCAACUGGGGCUUCAGAUGAGGGGUCAUCCAAAAGAUCCACAAAACCUAGACAUCAUAAUAUAUCCAACGCCCAUUAAAUUACCACGAAUAGAGGGAGAGACCGAUGAAGAUAUGAUGGUGAAGUGUAUGUCGGCUGGAAGGGCCCAUCUGGUUGUAGUCACAAACAAUGGAACCAUUUUUACUAUGGGCAAUAAUUCAUAUGGACAAUGCUGCAGGGACAUUAUCGAAGAUGAACAAUACAAAGGCAGUACAUUGAUCCAUCGAUUAUCGGGGAAAGAUAUUUGCGGUGAAGAGGAUAACAUUGUGGAUGUAAUAUGUGGACAGGAUCACACCAUGUUCUUAACCAAAUUGGGACAUGUGUAUACUUGCGGUUGGGGAGCAGAUGGACAAACGGGUCAGGGUCAUUUUAUGACAAAUGGCCAUAUUGCACAAGCCCUGGGCGAUAUUUCAAAAGAACGUAUUAUAAAAUUAUCAUGUGCUUCUGAUUGCGUUCUGGCGCUGAAUGACAAAGGCGAAGUUUUCGGUUGGGGUAAUUCUGAAUAUGGUCAAUUGGAUGAUGCGGAAAAUGCCGACAGCCAAAUAAAUUCCCCUCGACACCUUAAAUUAACUAAAGGUAUUGGCAAAUUAAAGGAUAUAGCAUCUGGUGGUUCCUUUUGCAUGGUUCUAAACGAGGAAGGCUUAGUAUACACCUGGGGAUAUGGAAUUUUAGGCUUUGGGCCCUAUGUUGAACAAUCAUCUAAACCUCAACAUUUACUACCUGCAUUGUUUGGACGAAAUGACUUUAGUGACAAAGCCUACGUUAUAUCCAUAGGCUGUGGUGUUUUUCAUAUGGGUGCGAUUAAUUCGGAUGGAGAUUUAUUUAUGUGGGGAAAAAAUCGAUGUGGUCAUUUAGGUUUGGGUCACAAACAAGAUCAGUUUUUUCCUUUGAAAACAGCUGUUAACGGAAAGGUAACCAAAGUAGCAUAUGGUGUUGAUCACACUCUCGCCUUGUGCAAGCCUUUUAUAUAAAAGUAGAUCUCAGCUUA